AUGGAGCAGCUUUCAUCAUCACAAUCAUGUUCGAGAGAACUAUGUGAACUGUCGGUGCUCAUCAUAUGUGAAUGCCAUAAUAAGCACUUUUGUAAUGAUCAUUUUAUCGAACAUAUCAACAAACCUGAAGCGACAAGUGAUGGUACAAAGCAGCCCAAGGAUGCGACGUAUACGCGACGAUCUUGUUUUAACAUGUUGAAUGGCUGGUGGCGAUAUUUUUACGGAAGAAUGACAUGUUCUUCGUCGGAGAAAAACAAACAAGAAGUUGAACUGCAACACAUUGAAGAUGUCACAAAAAUAACUAAAGCAAGUAUUACGAAAGCGAGAUCUGAGAGAAAAACUCGCACUAAAUCACACCGAGAAAAUCUACUUCCGUUGAAAGAACCAUACCAAAUUAUUCAAACAAGAGAAAAGAAUUCUAUCGCGAUGGCUUGCAGCAAGAAACAUCUCUUAAUCGAACAAAAACCGAAUCUUUCCCUAUUCGAUCGAAAAUUGAAUCUUAUCAAACAGAUCCCGUGGUCAUACACGCAUGUUAACAUAUAUUGGGCAUCUGCACUUGAACGUUUUAUCCUCGUCACUCAUAAAGAUAUUUUCACUCUCGAUGAAAACACCAUGGAACUCGAAGAACAGUCGAUCGCUCAUCAUAAUAAAAAGGAUUGGUCAUGCGCCGCAUGCUCCGAAACGAUUUUAUACUUAUCAACUAUGGACAUGUCUCCUUGUUUAUAUCAAUAUUCUCUUCUUCCAUCGAUCGAAUUCAUCAAAGAACAACAAUUAGGUGUUAUGUGUCUCCUGUACGAAUCCAUUUUAACGUUUAGUUACGCGAAUGAACGAUUAGCGUUCAUUAUUUGUAAUGCUCAAACAUUUCAAAAUCGUUUAGAACUGCAUUCAUCAGUGACAUUCGAUGUUCUCUGGACUCUACCGUUAGAUGUUCUCGCNCAUCUGUUGUCUUCACUUCGAAACAACUCUCCAUCUUCUUCCAUCUCAUUCAGUAUCACAUCACUAAUCAACAAUACUCAUCAUCAUUCUGUUCAUCUGUUGUCUUCACUUCGAAACAACUCUCCAUCUUCUUCCAUCUCAUUCAGUAUCACAUCACUAAUCAACAAUACUCAACAUCAUUCUGUUCAUCUGUUGUCUUCACUUCGAAACAACUCUCCAUCUUCUCCGAUGGCACUGAAUUCUACGGAACAUGAGAAUAGAGAGUACAAGUUGCAUUUUCAUGACAGUGUUGACAUAUUAGGUUUUGGUUGGAAGGAAAUGUGA